CGACGUACCAGCAACCAACCAGUGCACCAAAAGCCCGCGUACCAUGUCGACACCGGACAGAUCAGUAAUCAAAAUUCAUAUCUGGAGAUCGGAAGGCGGGUGACAGGAUGAUACCUCCUCUAUUAGUGCUUCUUCUGCUGUCCCAGGCAAUAUCACGAGAUCCGACUUGCUUCCAGCAAUUAAAGGAUACGAAAUGGACGAAUUACAACAGGCUGUACCAAUAUUUGACUGGAACUGGCAAUCACAAUUUUGACGAGUCGGUGACCAUUGGAUUUCUCGGAGCCUACGGAGAAACAAAGGUCGGCCUCGGCGCCUUACCCCUGGCGAUCCAGGCUGUCAAUUCGGAUCCGAACCUUCUCCCCGGAAGGCAGCUGAAGUUCAUCGCCGCGGACAUUGGCACUCAGAACGGCCGUUCGUCGUCCCUGACGACCCUUCCGAUCAGGGUGAUGACGGUGAUGCGAGACAGCGGUACCGUCGCCUUCAUCGGCCCAGAUGGAACUUGCAGGGAAGAAGCUGUGGUGGCAGCCGCUUGGAAUCUUCCGAUUAUAUCUUAUAGGUGCGCAGAUAGACUUGUAUCUGACAAGAGAGUCUACCACACAUUUGCAAGAACGCUUCCACCUUCGACAAAAGUGUCAAAGUCCGUUGUGGCUCUGUUGAAAGCCUUCGAUUGGAAUAUGUUCGUCAUCAUCUCCGGCACCAUGCCUGCCUGGGCACCACAAGUGAAAGACGCCAUAAAGUGGUUGGCCAAUAAAAAUAACAUAACGGUCACGGAUGUCUACGAGUUCAGCAACUACAUUCCUAAAGACAUAAAGAAAAUGGAUAAACUCGUCGCAGAUUCGUUUCACAGGACUAGGGUAUACGUUUUCAUCGGUGAGCACGUCGCUCUUGUCGACUUCGUCCUUUGUCUCCAGGCUCGCAAGCUCCUCGAGAACGGCGAAUACAUCGUCAUAUCGGUCGACGAUGAGAUAUACAACCCGGCAAAAAAGAAAAACAUACUGCUGAGAGCGUACAUCGAUCCUUUCAUCGAUACGGAUGCAAAUCAUACACUUGCGUUUCGGUCAGUACUUAAGCUAACGCCUUCUCAUCCAAGAAAUCCCAAAUACAACGCUAUAAGCGAAGAGGUGAGAAGGAUAUCGGCUCAGCCGCCCUUCUGCGUGCCGUACCACAGCAAGAUCUUCGACAGCAUAUCCGUGCCGAUUACCGCCGCUCACUUGUACGACGCAGUCAUGAUUUACGCAAGGGCUCUCACGGAAGUGUUCGCGGAAGGCGAAGAUCCAAGGAACGGGACAGCGAUCCUGAAAAAAAUCCUCAACAGGACGUACCAUUCAGUCCAAGGACACGACGUAUACAUAGACAGCAACGGGGAUGCAGAAGGAAAUUUCAGCGUGGUGGCACUCCUCGACGACAUGGAUGACAACGGUACCAAGACCAUGUCUAUGCAGCCAGUUGGCUACUUUCAGUACCACGAGAACAACACCUCUCUUCCGGAGUUCAAGUAUUUCAACGAGUCACGGAAGAUCCAAUGGAUCGGGGGAGAAGUUCCACUGGCAGAGCCCGUUUGCGGUUUUAACGGGCGCAAGUGUCACAGCGACCGAUGGAGGGUCAUCGUCAUCCUCGGAGGUCUUGCAUCUCUCUCUUUCAUCGCAGCUCUUUUCGCGUUUAAACAUUACAGAUACGAGCAGAAAUUGGCUUGCCUGCUUUGGAAGAUCGACAUGCGGGAAGUCACGAUAAUCCCAAACGGUCAAGGGGAAAAAAGCAUGAUGCUGUGCUCGGGGCAGAUUUGCCGGCAGAGCAUCCUGCGGAGCAUCGCACCGGAGGUAAGCCCCAAACGAGCCUACACGAACAUCGGCUUCUACAAGGGCAACACCGUGGCAAUCAAAGCUGUCCACAAAAGAUCCGUUGACAUAACGCGCAACAUCAGGAAGGAACUUAAACAGAUCAGAGAGCUACGCCACGAGAACAUCAUAACUUUUGUUGGAGCUUGCGUAGACGCUGGAAAUAUUUGCAUAUUCACGGAGUACUGCGCGAGAGGGAGUUUAGAGGAUGUUCUGGCCAAUGAAGAUCUUCACCUGGACAACAUGUUCGUCUCGUCUCUCGUUGCAGAUAUAAUUAAGGGGAUGAUCUAUCUGCAUGACAGUGAAAUCGUAUCCCACGGUAAUCUACGAUCAAGUAACUGCCUCGUCGACAGUCGCUGGGUACUGCAGAUAACUGAUUUUGGCCUCCAUGAAUUUAAAGCUGGCCAGGAGGAAGACGACAGCCUGGAGACGAGAAGGAAACUGUGGAGGGCACCAGAACUGCUAAAAGGGGCCCACUGUCAUCCCAGAGGGACGCAAAAGGGUGACGUCUACUCAUUUGCCAUUAUACUGCAUGAAGUAGUGGGCCGAUCGGGGCCCUGGGGCAGCACUCAACUUACAGAACAAGAAAUCGUGAAGAGCGUCGCGUCUGGAUCCGGAUUGAGACCAGACGUCAGCGGUCUCGACACGUCCCCGUCCAUCGUCAAAUGUAUGGAGUCCUGCUGGGACGAGGACCCAGAAAACCGUCCCGACUUCAGGUUCGUGCGUGUCAAGCUCAAGGAAAUGCAGGCAGGACUGAAGCCUAACAUUUUCGACAAUAUGUUGGCCAUUAUGGAAAAGUACGCGUCCAACUUGGAAGGUUUAGUCCAAGAAAGGACCAAUCAACUGACCGAGGAAAAGAAGAAAACUGACGCACUGCUCAAUAGAAUGCUGCCCAAGACGGUAGCCGAAUCGUUAAAAAGAGGAGAGAGGGUGGAGGCUGAAAGUUUUGAGUGCGUCACAAUAUACUUCAGCGACAUCGUCGGCUUCACAGAACUGUCUGCUGUCAGCACGCCGUUGCAGGUUGUGGAAUUGCUCAAUGAUUUAUACACAUGCUGCGACUCCAUCAUCUCUCACUAUGAUGUCUAUAAGGUAGAGACGAUCGGCGACGCGUACAUGGUCGUCUCCGGGCUCCCGGUGAGGAACGGUGACCGUCAUGCUGGUGAAAUAGCAAGCAUGGCAAUCCACAUGCUAGCCAGCAUAAAAAGACUGAAGAUCAGCCACCAGCCUGGAGAACCUCUUAAAUUAAGAAUAGGAAUACAUUCAGGUCAUUGUGUCGCUGGAGUUGUAGGACUUAAAAUGCCUAGGUAUUGCUUAUUUGGGGAUACAGUAAACACAGCUUCAAGAAUGGAAUCAACGGGUGAAGCUUUUAAAAUACAUAUAUCUCACACAACUAAAGACCUCCUUGACAGGCUAGGCGGUUACACUUGCGAAGAAAGGGGAAAUAUCAUGAUCAAGGGAAAGGGUGAAAUGCUUACCUACUGGCUCGUCGGGGAAGACACGGCGAUGCGCAUGGCUCGCAUACAAGACAUCGACCAAAGCAGUCUCAGUUCAGAAAGGCUGAGUGAGACUCCAGAUCUGUUACGAAGGCCGAUUGGCAAUGAACUUCUUUCAGACGCCGGAGAUGUCGCAGCUGCGAAAUUAUUGCACCAACUACAUCUGAGAGCUGUCAGAGCAUAUAAAAAACACCGAAGUCAGGAGAUGUUAACUAUUAGCAAACACACGCCUAAAGUAUCAGGGCACAGAUCUGAGCCUGUUAUUACAUUCCGAGACACAAGUAAACCUUAAUCCAUUUUUAUUUUUAUUUUUAAAUCACAUUAUGUGUCAAUGUUCUAUGUAAUAUUCUUAACCUACUUUCCAAUUCAAAAUGUUAAUUACAAAUUGGUAAUAGAAAGGAUUUAAAUGGUGAAAAAUGUAACCAAUGUUCGGUAAGUUGAAAGAUGUUAACUUUAAAAAAAUUCUAUCUAAUUAAUUUUUGUAUUACAUCUUUCAUUUACUUUUCUUCUUUUAUCAUCUCUCUAAACUGUGGAUCUCUCCAUUAAAAAAUGAUGGGUUAUCUUGAAAGUUGCAACAAAUUUCUUGCAAAUCAUUACUAAUAAUAAUACUACAAUAACAAAUUUAUAAUACAAAAACUUAAAUAAAAUGGGGUUUAUUAUUCUUGAUAUCAUAUAAAUUCAAGUUUAAUACGAUUUAAGCCAAAUAGGUGAAUAUCACAGUCAAUCAGUUUACACAAUUCAACGUAAUUUCACGAUCAUCUUUGUGAAAAUAAAAGUGAAAACAGAUCAAUCAAACUGAAAAAUUGUCUGCAGUCAGAGAUGUUAUAUAUGAACUGAUUCCACUGGAAAAGAUUACAAAAGCAUGGACACGACGAUAGACAAUUUUCAUCAAACUGCUGGUACUGGUUAUAUUGAAAGACUUAAAAAAUUGAGAAUAUAUACUAUUAUUUUCAAAAACUAUUUUGAAGUAAUUAAAUUUACAAAAUAAUUGUUACAAUAAAUAUAUUUUUCUCAUAUGCAGUGUAGGUCUAGAAACGUACCAAAAAGAAAUUAAAUUCUUUAAAAAAGAAUAACUAGGUCAAUAGAAUUACAAGCUUAAAAGCAACCCAUGUAUAAGCUCAAAUCUAAUAAUCAUAAUUGAUGUAAUAAAUGUGAUUUAAGUUAAAAAUUAAUGUUAUUUGUUUGUGAAAAUUGAUAAAAGUUGAACCAAAUGGUAAUUUAUGCUAGGCAUGAUUUAAUUUAAUGUCAAAUUCUCAAACCAUUCUUCUGAGAUUAUUUAAACAUGCAAUUAUGAAAUGAUCUGUUUUGUUAAAUAUUCAGUUUUAUUUUUAAUUGAUAUAUCACUGCAAGUGAUGAAGAGUUGUUUGAUGUGAAUUUUAUAGUUUAUGUAUUAUGAUGUAGUGUAUUUAUUUAUUUAUUAAGUGAUUUAUAAACCUCAGGGUAAAUUAAAUGGAAUAUGAUGUUCAUCAAAUCACAUAAAAAACUGUCUACUUGAAUAAUACCGAUUUUUCUUUAUAUUCAAC